GGGGGCAGCUGCAUCCACAGUACGCCCGCCGCGCGCCCCUCGUUUUUUUCUCCUCCUCGAGAACACGCACACACGGAAGCUAGCUCAGCUCAGCUCACAGCCUUCUUCAGUCUUCUUCUUGUACCGACCAUUCUCCCUUGCACUGUCGCCCCGCCCUCUCUCGAUUCUCUCUCCAGUCCAGCCGCGGCAGUCCCCCCGCGCCCUUGCAUCAGGUGUUGCCUCCUGCAGAUCCAAAUUGGAAUUUGGGCCUUCGUCUCCACAUCACCAAUCCGGUUGCCUUCUUUGGGGUUUGCUCACAGCACACACAAGCCAUUUUACUGCUUGGAGGCUGCCACUUUUAGCAUCUCUGCCUCUUGAGCGAUCUCCAAGGGGAAGGGAAGGGAGUGAUGGGGGAGUGCGAGGACGCCGAGGAGUACAGGUGCUGGGAGGAGCUGUUGCCGGACGCGCUGGGCCUCAUCUUCCGCAACCUUCCGCUCCAGGAGGUGCUCACCGUCGUGCCGCGGGUGUGCAAGUCCUGGGGUCGGGUGGUCGCCGGCCCCUACUGCUGGCAGGAGAUCGACAUCGAGGAGUGGAGCCAGCAGCAGAGCAAACCGGAGCAGAUCGGCCGCAUGGUCGAGAUGCUCGUCGGCCGCAGCGGCGGCUCGUGCCGCCGCAUCAGCGUCUCCGGGCUUCCCUGCGACCCGCUCCUCUCGUUCAUAGGAGACCGCGCGCGAGCUCUUCGGGCCCUGGAGAUUCCACGGAGCGAGAUCAGCGACUCCAUCGUGGAGACCGUGGCGCCGCGGCUCUCCAACGUCACCUUCCUGGACAUCAGCAGCUGCACCAAGAUCGGCGCCCGCGCCCUGGAGGCGUUCGGCAAGCACUGCAAGUCCCUGGUGGGGCUCCGGCGCGUGAUGCACCCGAUCGACCUGGUGGACAAGGAGUGCCAGCACGACGAGGCCCACGCCAUCGCCCGCAGCAUGCCCAAGCUCCGGCACCUGGAGAUGGGGUACAUGCUGAUCCGGACGGAGGCGGUGGCGGAGAUCCUGGGGCAGUGCCGCGACCUCAAGUUCCUGGACCUGCGCGGGUGCUGGGCCGUGGACGACAAGCUCCUGCGGGAGCGCCACCCGGGGCUCCGCGUCCUGGGCCCGCGCGUCGAGGACUGCUACGAGAACACCUACUGGGAGGAGUGCUCCGACUACUCGGACGACGACUCCUCCAUCUACUCGUGGGAGUUCAUGGACGACGUCGACGGCUACUACGCCGUCGGCAGCGACGACGAGGCCAUCUGGGACGACGGCCAGGGGCUCGAGAACCUCGAGGUCAGGUUCUACGGCGGCGGGUUCAGCGAGAGCUUGGCCGGCUUCGACUGGCCACCGUCGCCGUGAGAUAGAUGGCAGCAUAUGCAGUUCUUCUUGCUUCUACUGUAUGUGUGCGUGUGUGCGUGUGCUGUUCCUGAGCUUGCAGCUAUGUUGUUGCUGUACUGUGUCUGCGACACCACUCGAUCUCCCCCUCUAGCUUGCAGAUAUGUGUUAAGUGGACUGCUGCUAAUAGUACAAUCUAGAUGAUGUAAACUCUGGUGUUUACAUGGAGCAAAUCAACAUGCAUCGGUGAGAUUUCACCGGCGCAAAUCAACA